CACGUUACAACCCGGAAGAAAUGCCUUUUCUCUGGUUAACAUUUGAAUAGAUGAGAAUGACCAAUUUAGCUUUUGGAGAAACGGUUAAACGCGAUGCUGCUCCUGUUGUGCAGCCUCUCAUAGUCGUUUUUGUGUCCUAAUCUUUGAGUCUGGAGGUGGAGGCGGUCGACUACGAGCAGCAACGCCCCGAUGAGAGCAGGCAGCCCGUCAGAAGGAGAAAAAUAUCUUCGGUGUGUUUACCAGGCGGUUCAGGGAGGCUGUUUCCCCGCAGUGUGUCGUUAGCUCACCGUGCGGCUGUGCGACUGGUUCUUCAGACGGAGAGGAAACAUGGCUGAGCUGCAUGUUGUGGAACCUAGCGGUGCUGGCACCAUAGAGCAGCCCGAGCACCGCGACAUCCGGGGCUCGGUGCGCCUGGCGUCGCCCACCCUCAUUGUUCCGCCGCGGAGCAGCCAGCUCAGCCCGGGUGGGGUGUCAGGCUGCAGCGGCGGCGGCGGAAGGUCGGUGUUUGGGUUCCCGGUGAAGAGCAAUCCCAGCUCCCCGUCCGAGCCAGUGGACAAGCCGGGCUCCCGCUGGGUCCGGCUUAACGUCGGUGGUACCUACUUCAUUACCACCAAACAGACGCUGUGCAGGGACCCCAAGUCUUUCCUGUUCCGCCUGUGUCAGGAAGACCCGGACCUGGACUCUGACAAGGACGAGACAGGAGCAUAUCUAAUCGACAGAGACCCCACGUACUUUGGCCCUAUCCUGAAUUACCUUCGGCAUGGAAAACUGAUUAUGGAUAAGAAUCUGGCAGAAGAAGGCGUUCUGGAGGAAGCCGAGUUUUACAACAUUGCUUCCCUGGUGAGGCUGGUGAAAGAGAGGAUACGGGACAACGAGAACCGGACAUCUCAGGGCCCUGUGAAGCAUGUGUAUCGAGUACUACAGUGCCAAGAGGAGGAACUCACGCAGAUGGUCUCAACUAUGUCGGACGGUUGGAAGUUUGAGCAGCUUAUAAGCAUCGGCUCCUCAUAUAACUAUGGCAAUGAGGACCAGGCUGAAUUUCUAUGUGUAGUUUCCCGGGAACUCAACAACUCCACUAAUGGCAUCGUCAUUGAGCCCACCGAGAAGGCCAAGAUCCUUCAGGAGCGAGGCUCGCGGAUGUGAAGAGAUCCUGAGCUUAACAACAGUUUAUCAGCAACAACCACGUUGUUGUCGAACAUUUUCUUCACUUUCAUAAACCCCCUUCCACCUUUUACCAUCAUCAUCAUCAUCAUCAUGAUCAUCCGCCCCUUCCCUUCUCCUCUGGUGUGCCUUUCCACAGCGGGCGCUGUUGGCGUCCCCCACAAUCCUUCAGUGCUGCAACGUGACCCUGGCUUGUCGUCUCGUCUCUCCUUCUUCACUUUGGAAGAGAGACGACAGGUUCAGGGCUUUUCCUCGUUGCAGCUUUUUGUUGGACAAUGUGACAGGAGCGCAGGCCAUGGCGCGGAUAUUAGCCUCUUGUUGUUCUCAGUUGGACGGACAGAGCUACCAGAAAUCAUCGUCUCCAUCUCCACCUCGAUUCUGGAUCUCCAUCAUCGUUAUCAGACGGGAUAUUUCCUCUUGUCUUACACAUCUGGCUCUGUUGAUUUAGCAGAAACCUCCUCAGGACUCUCAAAGGACAUAAAGGAAUGAAAACACUCCACUUACUGACCGAGAGAGCAUCGACUCCUCUGCAGGUGGAGCCCGAGACGGAGCAGUCGCAGGCGGAUGGCGCACGGACCGAUCACUCAUUACGAGCUAACCUGGAGCGGCAUCUUUUCUGCGAACCAAGACGUCUCCAGUGGCUCCUUUUGAUCUGUAAGAAAAGAACAUCCAUGACUAAAAAAACGGACUUACCUACACUAGUGUACAAUUUGUCAAGGCAUGUGAGGAAUCUAUAUAAAUCUAUAUAGGCUACAUGAUGAAAUUAUAUGAAAAAUUGAAUGCAAAUGGUGUAAUUAUUGAUUUCUGUAUCAUAGUUGUGAUAUAUUUACAUAUUCUGGUGGUUGAGUCUAUUUAAACAAUGGAGAAAAUAUCAGUUUUCCCGCCCGCUAACACGGGUGUGAAUUUGUGUAUGCAGUGCCUCUCUGCUUUCUGUUCAUCCUGAAAUAUCACCAGUUUUUCAGCUGCACGUUUUCUGUAGUGUUCCUCAAAGAAAAAAAGAAGAUGACACCGGUAAGUUUUCUCUUAAAUAUCCGACUUUAAACUAUUGCAUAUCUUAAAAUUGUAAUUAGGGAUAAGGAAAACUACUGUCAUUGUCAUUUGUCCAAGUAAAGCGUGGUGGAGGUUGGACUGUGGCCAGACUGUAUGCUGCCUCAAAACCCUGAAGCACCCCUCUCCUCUCGGGCCUCGUGCUAUUCUCUUUGCCAAUAUUCGCUCACUUUGCAGCUGCCUCUUGUUGCCACACCAAAAUGACUGUGUUGUCUUACACUCUGCAGCACUUGUAGCAACCGUGGCGCAAGCUAAACUGUACCGCUCACCGCUUAAAGCCCUGAGAUACCUGAGUUUUAUACGCUGUGUAAACAACGCUGCCAGCUGGGAAGUGAGUUCAGUUUUCGUGAGCUCGAGAGCGAAGCCUUAGUAGUUUGGCUAAAGUAUGUUGUUCUUGUGCUAAACAUUAUGUUGAUAUGUUAUUGUGCUGUUUUUGACGCUUUCAAAAACACUGCAACAACAUAGAAAUCUUCUGUACACAGGCCAGGAUGUGAGCUUGAUUUAUACUUCCACACUGUAACAGCUGCUUGGUGGUGAAUAAUGGAGUAUAUUACUUUUGCAAACGUAAUGCAUAUAAUGGGGUUAUGGGGGUUACAGGGCUAAUCUAGGAGCAAGUAACCUGCCUGAAUAAUUCAGUGUCAGCUGCCUGCUUUUUUUUUUUUUUUUUUUUUAGUAAACUGUUAGUGGCAUAGAAAGAAACCACACUAGCUGUGAAUGCUAACAACAGCUUAGCGAAAUUGUAAUGCAGAAGUAUAAGUCAAGCCUUAAUCUGUGCACAUGUGUGCAAGUGAACUGGCUCGUACUAAAGCGAAAACGGUGAUUUGUCAGUUGACAGAAAAUAAACGGGGAUCUGUUCUGGCCAUUUUAGCUCUAGAGUUUUAUUCUUGAGCUUUGCAUGAGUCACAUUUCAGGCUAAUCCUUAUUUGUCCUACAUUUGGGCCGCUUAGCUCAUCCUUGAACUGAAACAAGCUCCUUUAGCUCCCGGAUCCUGGACUCUAGUCUGAUUGGCUGCCCCUCGUAAAGACAAACUGAACUUUUGGCUCCCUGGGAUUACUUGUACAUAAGCUCACCUCAUUUCAUGAAACUUUAACUCGGCUUGAUGAUAGAACAGUAGGUCCCCUUUAAUCUGCCACAAUUGGAUAUCAAGUCACUUAUCAAGCAGAAAGGACAACUGAUCUUUCAGUUUUCUGCUUUUUCUUUUUUAUAUUUAUGUAAAUUGAAUAUAGUUUGGUUUGGAACUGGAUCGGUGCUUCCCUAAUUUGUAGUUUAUCACAUAAUGAAAAUUUUAAAACAUUUCUGGAGUCCAGAUGGUUUAAAAUGGGUUCAUGGGCCUUAUCAAAAUUGGGUAAUUAGUCACAUUUAUUUUAAAAAGAAAAAUCCAAUAAAAUAGCAAAAUAGCUUUUUGUACUUCUUAGUCACACAUCUCACUUCUUACAUCUUGGCUUCAGAUGGCCCACCUCUCACCUUUGAGCCUAUUUUCAAUCAUUUUUACUCAAAUAAUCAGUAACUGUUCAGCCAGUAUUCAUUUAUUUGCUUAUGAGCAAGAAAAUCAAUUUUAUUAGCAGGUGAUGAAGAAAUGCACCUAAUCCUCACACUGAAAAGCGAUAUUCUAUUUCUGCUCCAUCAGUGACUCACAUUUGUUAGUUAAUUAUUAUAUUAUAUUUUAUUUAUUCUGUCAGUGACUAAUCAUUUCACCAUCUGGGGUAAAUGCAGCUCGUUCGUGUGAGCAACUUGAUGCAAAGUUUGAGCCAUAUUUGCACAUAUCAGAAGGAAAACCGAGAAUCACGUUGUUCACAUUUUAAUCAAAGCUGAGGAGCGCUCAGUCAUUAUUGCAGACACCUAUUACUGGCAUUGACCCCUUUGAUAAUCCAUCCUUUGUAUAAAGAAUUUAUUUGAUGCAAUUAUGUUGUACCAAGCAUGGGGAAAAAUAAUGCAUUUUAUUGGGGAAAAAUGGUACCUUACCUGCUGUUGUUACGCUCCCUGACCAUGUUCGGUCAGGAUUCGGAGCUCAAACUUUGAUGUGACUUCCUCUUUGUUGUUGAGGGUUUUUUUAUAUAUAUAUAUAUUCUUCACCUAUUGAGUGUGUUGUGCUGUUUUCUUCAACAGACCAGAGUCAUGAGCAGACUUGCUAAAAAUACUGCUAAAAAUGCCCAAACAUGUCAUUCAGAAGCACUUUUGUUUCCUCCCUUGUGGUUUUCUUGGCCCAUUCAAAGCACCUUGGGUGUUGAUUCCCUUCGUUUUUGUCCAGUGUUGUGCCUUUGACCUGUGUUGUGCACAGUUGUACUCCCCUCUUAUCAUAAUGUGCCUCUCAUACCUUAAAAAAGCCAGGAGGCACGUAUCUGAGGUAUCAUGUAUACUGUGGUCUUUUUAUCCUGGUUUUUAUCGUUGGUGUUUCCGUAAGAGGCGAACCAAACGGAAACACUACCCUUGGCGUUAUUUUAUUAUAUGUAAAUUUUACAAAUUGCUGCUUUCUUUGUGCCAUUGCGUUCCAGCUCAAUCCAACCACAAUCCCUCACACUCCUGGAGGUUUGACAUUUCUGUUGUGGUGGUUUGUUGGCAUUGUUGGUGGAGUGGACGACAGGAAGUCAGUCCAAGCUGGUUUCCCUUUUUUUAAUUUUUGCUCGUAUCUUAGUAAAACUCCAAAAAUGCACUUGGCAAUUAAUUUGAUGUCAAACUUAUUGUAUUGUGGCAGCUUCUUUUCUCCUUGACCUGCAUGCUGAAGCUACCUACAAUGGCCCCACUUUUAAGUGUGUGUAACCAAUAUUUAAAGCACUUAAUGUACCCUCGUGAACCCCGGUUUGGUCUCACCAUGGUUGCAGAGUUUGGUGGCUCCCAACUUGAGUUUUUUUUUUUUUAACUUUCUUUCAAUGUUGCUUUUAGCCCAAGAGCUUAGGAGUAUCAGUCAGUUUAUAGACUGGAAAUGUUGGUAUUUAAAAUGACAAAAGAGGUGAUUACAUGGCAAACGUUCAAGUACAGAAACCUGAAAAAAAAAGCAUCAUCGCAGAUAUUUUGCUGGUGUCGUUAGCUUCCCAUUAAUACAACAAAAUUUUAUCUUUUAAUUCAUUUAAUUUUUUAAUUCAGCUAAGUUAAAAUAUAAAAAUAUUGUAAAUAGAACUAAAUAUAUCACAGACUGGUAGGGUGGGAGUUUGGGCUAGCUACUGCUAUAAAGGAAAAAGAUACAUGGGAUUUAUAAAACAAGAAGAAACAUUUUUAAUGAUAAAACUGCCAAUUUAAAGUUUGUUUAGUAGAUAUUAGCAUUUUAAAGCCAAAAUUAGAAUUCUAAUUAUUUAGUGUAAUGGGUUUAACACAUUUUUAUUUAAAAAAUAAAAAUGUGUCAGAAGAUUCUUUUGGAAAUAUCAAUUUUACUGUUAACUGCCACCUCUGUGUUAAGCUAAUUAGCUUUUAAGUUCUUGUUAGCAUCGAGCUAGCCACACUAUCUUCAUGUAGCUUUAGCUUUAAGCUUUAGAUUCAUUUUUUCCCCCUGAAUUUAAAUAUAAUUUAGCUGAAAAUAAACAAAACCACCCGAUCAUCAUGAAACAGAAUGUUAUACAAUAAUUUAUUUUUUAAAUUGUCCUGCUCUACAAUAAUAACGUCAGCGUUUUGUUUAGCCACUGUGAGAGUGUUAGCGUGUUGAUGUUAACUCUUUGUUUUAUUUCUUGAGGAAUUAAAUAAACUGUUCAGACAAGCUAAAAUGUUUUUAAAAAGUAGAAAUAUGCAACCAAAAAAGUUGGGAACCUCUGACCGAGCUAAACUUGGCAGUGUGUUUAUCUCAAUAUUUUCUUCAAACCAUAUUUUCUUUAAACAGAGAAACAACUUUUGACCUGUUUUUGUUGUUUUGUUUUUUGGGGGUUUUUUUUGGGGGGAGGGGGGUAUUUUUAGGGGGUGUUUUUUUGUUUGUUUGUUUUUUUUACGUUCACCUGUGCUAGUUACUCAACAAAUAACAUGCAAUGCUAACAAAUCUGCAAAAAAUUACUCGUGAAAACAUGAGAGCAUGCAUUGUACUAGAGAUGUCGUGUACUGGAUUUUGUCUGACCUCUGUGUUAGUGCAAACUAAAUGUGAUGCAUGGUGUUGGGAAGCAGAGGGACGGCAUGGCUCUGUGGUUUGUAGGUGUAGAUUUCUUAAGUGGAACAGUUGGUCUACAAGUCGACGUAUUCUCCUAUUCACAACUUCUGUUUCUUUGUCGUUUUUGUAUCUUUGUCACGUCAAUUGAUCUUAAAAGUAGAAACAAGAGCUAGCUUUAAUCACAUAUUACCCUACUGAUGAUAUUGCAGACGUUUUCACCCCCAUAACCUUGGUUUAUAUAGCAUUUAUGUGACCUGCAGGUCAACACAAAACUAAAAAAAAAAAGUUUUUUUUAAUUGAUUGAUCAUUUUGCCAGUUAACCUGUAAACACCUGCAUGCGUUUGUGGACAUGCACACUUGUACACUCAUUUAGACGUAUUGAUAAUGUCACCUAUUAACUUACUUUGUGUUCAUUUAUCAACAGUAUUGAUGUCAAAUGUGAAUAUUGUCAACUGAGACUGUGGAGAAACGUCUGGAAGCCGACAAAACAUUUUGUCUGAUUGUUUGUUUCACUUUUAUUUAUUUUAUAUUUUCUGAAUUUUGUCUACCAUGUAACAAUUUUAACAAAAACCCAGUCUGGUUUUUAUUCAUAAAAUGUGUCUGUGUUUUAAAUUGUGGCUCACUGACUAUUUGUUGGUUCCUUUGAGUGUUGAUUAAAAAAAAAUAAACAAAGUGAAGUUCA